AACUGAUGGACGGAGUGGAUUUCAUAUAAACAUCACUUUGGGACCCGAAGAAAUAGGGUGUUGUACGCGCUUCAAAAACAGGAGUUGUAGAGGAUUCUGGUUUCAUCGUCAACUCCGACGCCCCCUUUCAAGAUUCAAACGGAAAAUCCAACGCCUCUUACUCUCUCGUUUCCUUCGCUCACCUACAAAUCUCUCUCUCUCUCUCUCUCUCUCUCUCUCUCUCUCUCUCUCUCUCUCUCCUUGCUUGUUUUCUUCUCUGUGAUAAUGGAAGCUACGGCCAUGGCGAAAUCCACAGUCUCUCCUCCUCCUCUCCCUUCUCACCGCCUUCUCUCUCCCGUCUCUUCUCAUUUCCCUUCAACAAGAUUCUUACACUCUCUUCCAAAUCCCAUCUCUCUCCGCUCAUCUAUCGGAUCCAAGAAAAGACCUAGCUUCGUCGCAUGCUCCUCAGAUGGCGCCGGUGAAGAACUCCCAAUCGAAAAGAGAUUUCCGGCAUUUCCAACCGUGAUGGACAUCAACCAGAUUCGUAACGUGUUGCCUCAUCGGUUUCCAUUUUUGCUUGUGGAUAGAGUUAUUGAAUACAAUCCAGGUGUUUCGGCUGUAGCUAUCAAGAAUGUGACGAUUAACGAUAACUUCUUCCCUGGGCACUUUCCUGAGAGGCCAAUUAUGCCCGGAGUUCUCAUGGUUGAGGCCAUGGCCCAAGUCGGAGGCUUGGUGAUGCUGCAACCGGAGGUGGGAGGCUCUCGUGAAAACUUCUUCUUUGCAGGGAUCGACAAAGUGAGGUUCCGGAAACCCGUGAUCGCUGGAGACACCUUGGUUAUGAGGAUGACACUGGUGAAGUUGCAGAAGCGCUUUGGAAUAGCAAAGAUGGAAGGGAAGGCCUACGUUGGGGGUGAGGUGGUGUGUGAGGGUGAGUUCUUGAUGGCCACUGGCAGCAGCGAAUGAAAUGCAUGGCCGAUGAUUCUGUUGUCCUGCCCUCACACCAACCUGCAUUACCGACCGUUCAUUUUUUAUUUAAUCCAAUUUUCUGUAUCAAUGCUCCUUUUAUCAGUGUUAGGAGUCCGAGUGUCGCUGAUGGAUUUCCAUGCAAAGGCUUAUGGUUUAGUUACUGAAAAAUAAAUGAGUUUCUUGUUA